AUGGGCUACGGAAUGAAACUUCUUCAAGAAACAUACAACAUUUCCGCCUCUGUAGCUGGACUUUGCGGCGGCGUAUGCGCUCUCGGAGGUCUUAUUGGAUGUCUGAUCCCGAUUCCCUUUGGAACUUUCAAAUUGCAGAGCAGCAAGUUGCUUUUCAUUUGUUUCCUGACUUCAAUGGCAGCAUCGGUGGUGUACUUGCCGAGCAUGUACAGAUUUCCCUGCGACAAUCAAGAAAUUUUCGGCGUUUUCGACAAAAACGGAGACUCGAUUCUCUCAAAUUUUUCCAACUUAUCAUCUUGCCGUUCGGGUUGUUCCUGUCAAAACGAAAUUUUCGAACCAGUUUGCGACCAGGAAUCAGCGAUCACUUACUUUUCGCCUUGCCAUGCUGGCUGUCUCGACUUCAAUUUGACCAAUUGUCGAUGCGACAAUGAGGAUUCUGUGGCCAAAUCUCUUGCUGAUGGCUUUUGUGAAAACGCUAUUGAGUGCGAUUCUCUUUGGAAAAUAACUAUUUGCUUCUUUUUCGUUUUUGCGUUUUCGUAUGCUCCCUUGCCGAUCGUCAAGACGGCUUAUUUGCGCCAAUUCAAUUCUGACGAAAAGACGACCGCAGCGAGUUUGAACCUGAUCUUGUGCUUGCUCGGAAGCAUCACUGCUCCGAUCGUCGUUGGUGCUGUCAUCGACGAAGCCUGCGUCGUCUGGAGUGAAAUGAAAGACGGUUCCGAUGGAAACUGCUUGAUUCAUGACAAUCGAGGGCUUGUUCAUGCUUUUCUCGUCUUGCCACUGACGAUGAAAGCAACGGCUGGAUUGUGCUACUUGGCUGCUUCUUAUUUUGCGAAAAAUAAAGAUCUUUCGAAAAUUGAGAGCGAAGGGAAUGAAAUUUCUGAGGAUGAAAAAGAUAUUUCUCAAAGAAACGAUGCCACCGCAGAUUUCUCACAAACAACUUCCCUAUAA